CUUAAAGCCCUACCAGCGGCAUCGUCGGCAAUCUCUUUGGAGAUCGCGGGCCCCCGGUCGUCGCCAUAUUAGUAGUACGCGAUUUUCACGCGAAUUGCGGCUACAUACAACUAUACACCACAAACCACACCGUUGAAUGCGGUGCGUGGUGCCAGUAAAAAGACGAAAAAUCGGUUCUGUGAUUCGAUGCAAAGAUAAGAGCAAGAUUCGAGAAAGAAGUGGAACGAUUAUGCGCGAGUACGGUAACUCCAUUAGCGAUCGAGUCGUUUUCUUUCGUAUCGGAUGUUGAAAACUAAAGAUAAAUAAGGAGAAAGAGGGAAGGAACGGAUCGGAUUGUCGGAUGGUUGACGGUAGCGUAUCAAACGUAUCGAUCGACGAUCGAAGACGUAAGCUUAUUCCCCGUGGUGAACGACAACGACAACUGGAAUGGGCCACUCGGUGUUACGGCACUGCGACUUGUGAAAUGCGACGGGCCAGCAGCGAGAGAAACGGGGGCCCGUGCCCCGACUGAGCGCAUUAGCUCUCGGGAGUGCGAUCGAGUUCGACAUCGCCAGUUGCCGGUAUCCUCGGGAUACUCUCGUAACGAAAAAACAAGUGUCCGAGGCAAACCUUUAGCCAGGUGACUCGAGGCAAGAGUCUCUCCGUUCUCUGAUUCGACGCUAUCGCUAUGGUCGCAGGCGUAGUCGUCCUUUGGUCGUGUUCGUCCAUCUCGUCCACCUCGUCUCGAGCGUCGCUGACAGAUGGGACGUAGACAUACCGAGAGAUUGGUAGGAGCUGACCCGUAACGUGACAACUAACAAUCUUUAAUACCGCAACGGAAGCCAACGCUGUGCGCGAGUACGCACCGUCGAGGAUUCGUUCCACGCGUACCUACAGUUUAACGGAAAGAGAGUACCGUCGCGAUUUCGCGAAUGCUCUCAAGACAGGACACGUCUUAUUGUUAGAGAAAUGCACGACAGUGUCGACGAACACGCACGGAAGAGUCUAAGCAGAUUUUGGACGGCUGGCCUGUCGGACGAUAAGGUAAGACGCGGGCUAUCGGACCGGCUAGCUCUGAAGUAUUAAGUCCGGUCUUAACACACACACACACACAAAAAUCACACAUACACCCGCCCGCGCGCUAAGAAGAGAAAAGAAAGAGUGUAGAAGAGCGAGAGAGGGACCGAACGCUGACCCACAUUUCAACGGGUCGAACGAAGCAACCCGGCACGAAGAAGAAACCACGUCGGUGGACUUUCUGAAAUGGGACACGGCACAGCCUGGAGCUAAAUUAGCCGCGAUGUCCAAUAAGAGUAAGUCCCAGCCGCCGCAGCAGCAGCAGCAGCAGCAGCAGCAGCAGCAGCAACAGCAGCAGCAUCCGUUGCACGUGAUCAAAUCAACGACAGUGGAACAAGUGCCACCGCGAUAUCAGCCACCGCCACAGCCGACCAGCGGUAUCCUCAAGAAUCAUCCUCACUUUGGUCCAGCCACUUCCGUAUCGACUUCGGUAUCGACCAGUGUUCAAGGCCCAGCCGUGACCUUGAGUCAUCAUCCUCAAGCAACGCAGCAGCGAUUGGUGCCGCAGCAGAAGGAUGCCCAAAGCAAGUACUCGCCGAGGAUAGAGCAUCGACACCCUCCAACCGGUAACGCCGCUCUGACAGCGGCCGUUUCAAAAACGCAGCCGCACGGUUACCUACAGGCCAAGGUCGGCCAAGGUCAAUACUUGCCACCUAACGGUCAGUAUCCUCCCACGGUAAAUACGGCGCAAACACCGCCGAUUAGACAGAGGCUCACCGACGACGAGUUUCUCCGACUCGGGCCCGUGGAAAUGCUCAAGUUCGUCCGCAAGACCGAGUCCGACAUCGCGAGACUCGCCGCCGAGCAGAAUCGACAGAUACAGAGCUUGCUGAGCGAGUUGCGCGCGUUAAAGGAAGCAAACCAAAGAUUAAGCGACGAUAAUCAAGAGCUACGAGAUCUCUGUUGCUUUUUGGACGACGAUCGUCAAAAGGGGCGAAAGUUGGCGAGAGAAUGGCAAAGAUUCGGAAGGUACACGGCGAGCGUUAUGCGUCAGGAAGUUUCCGCGUACCAAAAUAAAUUGCGUCAGUUGGACAAUAAGCAGCAGGAGUUGAUCAAGGAUAAUCUCGAGCUAAAAGAAUUGUGCCUUUAUCUGGACGAGGAACGAGGAGGCGGCGGUCAGAGAGACGACGGAGACGGUUCGAGUUCGAGUACCAAUGCCGAAGAGACUGUUCCUCCGAGACCUAGGCACGCGUCUACGUUUAACGAUCAAACGAUGCAGUACGUAAGAAGUUUGGAGCAACGGGUCAAACAGCUCGAAGAAGACAAAAGUGUUCUACAAGCACGAGCGCAAGGUUGGGAACUACCGCCUGGCGAGAUUUGGGACAAUCCGAAUAAUUCCAGUGAAAAUCCUCAUUUGGGAGGCCGACCGGAAGCGGUGGUACGAGCUCUUCAGGUUCUCGAAGUUAGGGAACAGCUUGAAAGAGAAGGCGGCCAUGACGGGGAGAAGGCUUUGGUCAGAGAAAUGUGUAACGUUGUCUGGCGAAAACUGGAGGAAGGCCCGCAAACCAGGCAUUGAUAAUUCUAUCGUAAGCUCAAUUCGUCCAACGCUCGAGAGUCUCGAGUAAACGUUGUUACGCGAAUCAUUCGUUUGUUCGCGUAAUGUACCUAAUAGUAUUAUAGAUGAUAGUAGUUAAUGGAAAUGUUGUAAAUUUGAUAGAUUUAUACGCACGUACCUACGAAUAUUUCGAUUUAAGAGUCAAUUUGCCUAGUUUACACUAUUUAUAUAAAGAUCAUGGGCGCCAUUAGACUGCCCGCGUGAACUGUUAACAAACUUUAUUUUUUAU